AUGGAGGUUGACUACUCCGUGGUUGUAAGUCCGUCAACAAUGGCCGAUCUUAACGCCUCCCCACGGAGCUCCACAGGUGCCGCGAGCCGCUCCCGCCGUCAGAGUGUGGGGUUUAAUGAGCGUACAAGUAGCCACAACUCCCGCCACAGUGGCCGUAUAAGCGGGCGUUCGAGCGUUCGUGAUGAGGCGCAGACUUCGCACGAGUUGCUUCGGAAGCAGCGGGUCGUCCGUUGUAUGCAAAUCGAACGUGAGCGCGCGGCCCGGUCGAAGAUGGAAAGGGCUGAACAUGAUGACUGGCUGCGGUUGCGUUCUAUGGAGCGGUCCGAGGUUGUUCACCGCAUGACAGAUGAACAGAUAGUCGAGAUGCUCCAGCGCGAGGCCAGGGAGAUCGAGAGGGAACGACUGGAGGCGGAGGAAGCUAUUCGGCGCGGGGCGGAAGAGGCUGCCGCCCGCCAGCGACUGAGAACAAGACAAAACGUGAACAACCGCAACAGCGCCAAGGUUUCACAAUACGCCAAGCAGAACUCGAAGGCGUGCGAACGACUUGAUCAGGCAGCAACGGAAGGCGCCGCGUCAAGCGAUUGCCGACUGGAAGUUUCGGGGGAGACCAAAUCAGAACCGGGACAAUCGCUGAUGCCACAAAUGACAGAAACGGAAUCAUGUCGAGAGGGAGCAAGUGAAUCACUAUUUGCUAUGGUGAAAGGGACACCAGAGUCACUGAGGAUGUCAGUUGAAGCGCGCUCAACUCCGGGAGGCAAAUUUACCCCCAAAGGGAGCAGGACAUACGCUCAAAGGAUUGGGUCUUCCGAGGCAACCAGCCCUGCGGUCACUGCAAUGGCAUCAGUAAUUGACUCGCCGAUUUCAGUAGCAGACCGUUCAAACGAUAUUAUGGCGAGGCUUCGCCGUGCGCAGGAGGACAUUGUUGCGCUGAGGGAUGAAGUAAGGAACGCCAAACAGUCACAGCAGGAGGCAGAGGCAAAACUUCGAAUGGAAGCCGAACGGGCAGACAAUGAGGCUCAGGCGAAGCGGAUGUUUGCCAAACGAGCAGACACGUACAAAGCAAGUGUGGAGGAGUUGCAGAGAAGGACAGCUGAAGUGGAGGAAGAACUGCAAACGCUGAGGCAGAGGGAGAAAAACGACCAGACGGUGCAGAAAGUAAAGGAUGAACUAAAGAUGGCAACGGAGCAAAUUAGAGCACUUGAAGAAGAGAACAAAGAUUUGAAAGACAGACAGCAGGAACUGUACAAUGAGAAUGCGAGGCUUUCGGCCAACGCGAGACGGAGGGCAUCUGGUAUUUCGCAAAGUGAGUUACUCCCGGAAUUUGACGCCGUUUCCGAGGGCGGAUCAGGCGAUAUGAACGCUUCUGACACGGAAAUGAGGAACAGAGGACAAGACAGAGAGGCUCUUGGCUCCUUUGUUGUAAAAUACAACAUGUUGGUCGAUCAGUUCGAAGAACUUCAGAGGCAAUCUGCCGAGCAGCAACUGGAACUACAGCGCAUUAUCUCUGAGAACAAAGAACUUAAGAACCGAUCUCACGGGCAGCCCCCUGCGGCAUCGAAACGCCAGCCGGUGUCCGAAGCAACCGUGAGGUCGGAAGGAACGUCCGGCGACGGAAAGGAAAUCGAGCAUCUGAGGUGGGAGGCGAAGAAGUACAAACAAGAGGCGAUUGAAACCCGCAAGGAGCUAAAGGCGCUAAAAGAGUCUUCCGAAAACGAGAUUUCAUCUCUGAAGGAAUGGUGUGAACGGCUGAAGGUGAAGUGCAAACGGCAGACGGAUGACAUCAAGAAGUAUAUGUCACAAAAUAAGGCUGUGGAUGCAACCAAGGGUGAAACAAAAAAGAAGAGCCCAGACACCGCUGAAGAUGUCGAUGGAGCAAAGGCGGCAUGUGCCGCGGAGGUCGGUCGGCUUCAGGAUGAGAUUUUGCAACUGCGUUCGCGUCUAAGCGAAAGCACAAAGAAGGAGCAGGCCGCCAUUUCCCUUGCUGAGUCACUAAAAAGGGAAAAAGUCGACCCUUACAAUCGUGACAAAAGGAAGGAGGAGGAACUCCAGAGGCAAGUUGAUACACUUACUAGGACGGUGAAAGAGCGGCGAGAAGCGGAAGCUCGGUGGAAAGAGUCACAGCAAGCCACUGAGAAUGAAUUGAAGAGUCUUCUGGCGGAACUUACGGCCAGCCGCAAGACAAUAGAAAAUUUAAAGCACGAAGUGAGCUCGCUGCGAGAGGAACAAGAGGCAUGUACCCCUUUGAAGCAGGAGCACAGUGACGAAAAUGCUGAGUUGCGGUUGACUGUCACAGCUAUCAAUACAGAAAAUGAGGAGCUACGUGAGAAAAUAGCAACUCUCCAGAAGGAGCUUGAAGAGUUGAGGCGAAGGUAUAUUGAUUUGGAGAGGGAAGCUGAGGAACGCAACGCCAAAGCCCAGAAGGAAAUUAACGAACUCAGGCGUGAGAAUGAAAACUUAAGACGUCCCCCUGCAACCAAGGUUAACAGUAAGAAAUGUUGCUAG